AUGGAAGCUGUUGAAGAAAACAUGCAAGUAGAUGAUAAUCCACAUGACCAACAAAGGAGAAGGGAUGUAGCUCAAGAUUUGGGAACUAAUCGAUAUGAGAAUCCGCGUGAACUUCUACAUCGCACACAUAAUAAUUUUGAAAGAGAAGGAGAGGAUCUGAGGCAAGGACAGAUGAUAUUGCAUGGAAUAGAAAUGUUAAGAGCAGAGAACGAACGCGAAAGGGAAGCUACUCGUGUGAGGAAUGAAAGAGACAGACAAAGAAGAAGGGAAGAAAUUGAAGAGAGAGAAUUGCAAGAAGCAUUACGUCAAAAUAAUCAUGAUAAUCGAGUAAGGCGGCGCGAACUUCAUCGCAUGGAUGAUAUAGAGCAAGGCUGGGUUGCACCACAAGAAAGAGAAAUGUCAAGACAUCGACAUGAUCGCACAGGUGAAAAGGAACGACAUGAUAGAGCACAGAUCGAAACGAACAUUGACAUGCGUAGAAGAAGAAGAGAAGAAGCUGAAGAAUAUGAGAUACAAGAGGCAGUCUGUCAGAAUAAUCAUGAGAAUAGACUAAGACAAGCAAGAUUAAAAAGACCUAUGCGCGAAGAUAUAGAUCAAAGCUUCAGUGACGAAAUUCUUAAAGAAAUGAUAAAGGAUACAAUAACGAUGUCAGAGAUGCGCGAAUUUCAAGAGGAGUACAUAGCACUUGAGGAGAAACAAAGAGAUAUGGAGUCGUACCUAGUUACAAUACCUGAUGCGAAAGGUGGAAAUUCAAGUUUACUCCCAAGACUAACAAAUGUUGUUGCGAGUACGUCGCAGGGAAAUCAAGGAAGGAACAUUACAGAAAUGGAAAAAAAACUAAUAGCCAUGGGUAGUGCAGAUCAAGCAGAAUUUGACAAAGAGUAUAGAGACAAACAAUUUCAAAAUCAUGGAGGUAGUAAUAAGAUUCAAAGAAUGGAUAAUCCACCAGAAAGUUCAGAAGGUCAACAACCAUAUUAUAAUAAAAGACAAGGAACUGGAAGGAUAGUACGGGUACAAAUAAACCUGCCAAAGAUGAACACUACAAUAGAUAAAGUAUAG